ACGUUGAUUCAGAUGUUUAAAAGUGAUGAGUGGACAGUUUGGAUGCAGUUGGUCAACGAGAGCAGCAACAGUUCUUAUUUCUGCAGAAACUACAACAAGGUUGUCUGUUUCAGACGGAGAGGAGUCCUCAUCUUUAGAGACAGACAGACAGACAGACAGACAGACAGACAGACAGACAGACAGACAGACAGACAGACAGACAGGCAGACAGACAGACAGACAGGCAGACAGACAGAUCGUCGAGAUGGAAGACUACCACAACGAGAGGGAACUGGACAGCAGCGCUCUCUGGAUCAAAGAGCCUGCAUCUGUCUCUCUCUCAGCUGUCUCCAGGUUCAGACGCUGGUUGUUUCCUGCUCUGACAGCUACAUUCAUCCUGGUUCUGAUCAUAGCACUGGGAGCUAGCAACACGAAGACAUCCAAUCAGCUGUGGUCUGUGGAGCAGAGAUUCAGCAACCUGAGCCUCGUCAUCCAAUCACUGAACACCUCUCUCCAGCAUGCUCAGGAAACAUCUAAGCAGGUUCAACAGCUGCAGGUUGCUAUGGACAACAACAAAAACGAGCUCAUGUCAGUGGCCGAGGCGUUGAAGCAGCUGGCAGUCAUCGACUCUCUCAGCCGGACGGUCGAUUCACUCAAAUGUUCCCUCGAACGGAUCAUCACCAACAGUUCUGCAGGGAGCAUUUGUUGUCCUCCAGGUUGGGUUGAGUUUGGUUCCAGCUGCUACUUCUUCAGCAGUGAGUCUCGGUCCUGGAACGAGUCCAGAGUCUGGUGUGAGAAACGCAACGCUCACCUGCUCAUACUGCAGGACGACAAGACCUGGAACUUUGUGACUCGUCGUACGGUUCCCCUGAUCUACUGGGUGGGUCUGUCUGACUGGAGAACCGGCCGCUGGGAGUGGAUCAACCAGACACCGUACACCAUGGAGCGCAGGCGCUGGGUGCCCGGUCAGCCUGACAGCUGGACGGAUCACGGUCUCGGCCCCGGAGACGAAGACUGCGCUCACCUGCAUAAAAGUGGACGCCUCAACGACCUCCACUGCUCCACCGCCAUGCGCUACAUCUGCCAGAAACACGGCACGCAGGCCUGAACAACAUCUGGAACCCAAACACCAACAAGCCAUUACAACAUUUCUCAUCGAUCGGAAAUGCAACAUCAAAGUCAAAAUAUUUUAAUAAAAAAAA